UUUAAGCACUGCCCCAGAAAGAAAAGCCCUGAUCCCAGAAAAAAGAAGAGAAGGAACUGUCACCUUGCGCUCUCACCGCCUCGCCCAGCGCCGCCGCCCGCCCGCCGCCUCUUUCGCCGGCCACCGCGUCGAGCCCGCCCUCCGCCGCCCGUGCCUGCCUCCACCGCGCCCUUUCCCGAACCUUCACCGGCGUUGCCCAACCUCCGCCGAGCCCCUUCGCCCUGCCCUAGCCCUUCCCGAAUCCGGACGACUGACGGCGGCGCUCCGGCUCGCCGCUGGGAGAUAUGGGUUUACGUACCAGACGGCCGACUGUUGCAGUGCGUAGUGGUGACGAAGAAGACUUUGACAAUGAUGGUGAUGAUGAUUACAGUGACCAAAACGAUUAUGAUUAUAUCUGCAAAUAUGACGCCAGCCACAAUCAUGGUAGUGGUGAUGACAAGAGCAGUGAUGAUUACAGCUGCACCGAUGAUGAUAGCAACGAUGAUGGUGAUGAUAUUGACAACGAUGGUGGUGGUGGUGGGGAUGCUACUGAUAAUUUAUGUGCAAUAUGUGACAAUGGAGGGAAAUUGCUAUGCUGUGAAGGACAAUGUAAAAGGUCCUUCCAUCCCAGAGAAAAAGAUGGAAGGGAAUCUACUUGUGAAACUCUUGGUUUAACUUCUGCACAACUACAGGAAAUUGAUCAUUAUCUAUGCAAGAACUGUGAAUAUAAGCAACACCAAUGUUUCAGUUGUGGAGAUCUUGAGCCAUCUGAUGGGCCAAAUGCUAAGGUGUUCCAAUGCUACAAAGCAUCUUGUGGGCACUUCUACCACCCCAGUUGUAUUGCCAAAUUACUUGAGCCUGAUGAUACUGAUGGAGCUUGCGAAUUGGAGCGGAGGAUUGCUGCUGGGAUGUCAUUUACAUGUCCUGCACAUUGGUGCUCAGAAUGUAGAACGAUGGAAGACAGUACUCAACCAGAACUUUGGCUUGCGGCUUGCAGACGCUGUCCAGUGUCAUAUCACAAAAUAUGUUUCCCAAGAAGCAUUUCCUUUGAGAGAAAGCGUGGCACAAGUGUACGCGCUUGGCACCUGGGUGAUAGAAUUAUCAUUUACUGUGGAAGCCAUAAACUAGAAGCUGAGCUUGGAGCACCUAGCAGAGACCAUAUAAAGUUACCAUCUAGUACAGAAAUGGAUACUGUUGGAACACAUUGCAUUGACCAAAUAAAGUCAACUCCCGUUCAAAAAAUUUAUAGAACAAGAAAUCUUGCUAAGAAGAAAACAGAAGUGACUGGUAAAAGGAAAAUGAACACUGAUCAAGGUACAACAGGAACUGCGGAGCUGUCAAAAAAGGUAUGUCGAGAAGAAGCCGACCAGAUAAAGUUAAUUCCCGUUCCAAAAAUUUAUAGGACAAGAAAUCUUGCUAAGAAAACAAAAGUGACUGAUAAAAGGAAUAUGAACACCAAUCAAGGUUCAACAGGAACUGCGGAGCUGUCAAACAAGGUAUGUCGAGAAGAAGCCGACCAGAUCCAAACAGUAGAUAUGAAUAACUUAAGGGAAGAUAAGAUUCCAAAAGGGAGAGGUGUCCUCGAGAAAGAGACCAUCCGUUUAAAUCAAGCACACAAUGACGAGCUAGAAAAGCUUAUUGUGGAGGAACAGGCUGAAGAGGAUGAAAGCAACACCAAAUCUGGAGAAGAGGGAGAAACUCGUAGGAGAGAAAAUACAUAUGGGGAAAAGGAGAAGACUCCUGUAAACAACAGUAAUAAAUUUGGAUUACCUGACGGGCGGUUUAGCUCCGGAUCUGAUGGUGACCGAGAAGUUGAUGGUAGCCAUGCCUGCCAGCAGGAGCUGAAGAGUCCUCACUGCAAUGAUAAUAACAAAGCAACAGGAAUUGAUACUUCAAGUGAAAAAUCAGGAAAGAGACAGAGACAGGAGGAACAGGCAACUGAUGGCAACAUGUUGGACUUGGAAAGGAACAAUAAGAAGUUUCACAUGGAAACUGGAAGAGAUGCUCAUCAAAGUCCUCAGCGUCUUCAUAAUCACAAAAAAACAGAUGCUCGUCAAAGUUCUGAUUCCUCAUCAAAAAAUCAUCCUCUGUGUAAUGAUGAUCAGAGAUCUUCAAUGACUUCCGAAUACAAAUCCAGAGAGGGAAGAGGAUCAAGUAGAGAAGAGUGGAGAAAUAAUAUGAGAGAAAAUUCUUAUAGGGGAGGGUCACCCUCGAGGAGAAGAAAUUCUCAAAAUAGAUCAAGGAGACAUUCUCCGGAAGGGCGAAGGACGGAGUAUCGUAACAGUCAUCAUAGAAGCAACAACCAACACAGAUAUGAGCAACAUCGACACGAUGAUUAUUUCAAAUGUCGUGAUGAUUAUUCCAAACGCCGUGAUGUUGAUACUGGUGGAAGGAGGUCGAGUCGUCGUGAGGAUCAUUCUAGUGAUGGUGGUAGGAGGAGGUCGAGUCAUCGUGAGGAUCAUUCCAGUGAUGGUGGUAGGAGGAGGUCGAGCCAUCGUGAGGAUCAUUCCAGUGAUGGUGAUAGGAGGAGGUCGAGUCAUCGUGAGGAUCAUUCCAGUGAUGGUGAUAUUGGUGGAAGGAGGUUGAGUCCCCAGCAGUCAGCACUUCCUUCUGGUAAUUUUGGUACUGGUCUCAGUCCCCCUUCACAUCCGACCACUGAAUAUGGUGCUAGCAGAAGGCAUGGUUCCCCUCCAUAUCAGAGAUCUAAACAUGCUGCUAGUGGAAGCCGUGGCCCCUAUAUGAACCCACGAGGAUCAGGCCCUGCAGACUACGAAAUGGAAAGGAGAAGUGUUCCCCUUCACCACGAUGUGCCCAAUGUCGAGGAGUACACUGGUCGACCACUGAAUAUGGUGCUAGCAGAAGGCAUUGCUCCCGUUAAUGCGUACUCUCUCCGUGGCCCCUAUAUGAACCCACGAGGAUCAGGCCCUGCAGACUACGAAAUAGAAAGGAGAAGUGUUCCCCUUCACCACGAUGUGCCCAAUGUCGAGGAGUACACCGGUCAACCACUGAAUAUGGUGCUACCAGAAGGCAUUGCUCCUGUUAAUACGUACUCUCUCCGAGGGGAAUCUCCUGGUGCAUAUGGUCCUGGAACAGAUGCCGGCAUGUGCGAAGAAACCACAUUCCGUGGUGGGCGUUUCGCUGAUCAUGGAGUGAGGUCAGAUUAUCCACGAAGCAGCAGCAUGAAUGCAGAGGAUAGGGCUUUUGCUGCAGGGUCCGUUACGGAUAGGUAUGUCCCGCGCCUCGACCGAACGAACCACCCAGUUAGGGUUGAUGGUUAUCUGCCGGAUUAUCCCGUAUGGUAGGUUGCUGCUGUUGUGAUACUCGUGUUGCCAAUCCCAGUCAGCCUAUGAAAAACCCUGCAGGAAACCAACAGUUAAACCUCAAUUAGCCGCGAAGCGAAUCGGAUAUGUCAAACCUUAGUUUGUCAGAGUGGUUGGACGGUAACCUUCAACCCAAGGUGGUGCCAGCGUACCUUAACGAGUGUGUUUGAUGUUGGCCUCGGAUCUUGCUACUUGUCGAUUAACAGAAAUGAUCUGCUUAGUUUGCGGUUCUUUUGCUGGAGUGUGCUUGUUUUAUAAUCUGGUGUGGAAACUUGCCUAUAAUCUGGUGUGGAAACUUACCCACAGAAGUAAGCAGAAGUGGUUCAGACAGAAGCGGGCCGAGCAAAUGGAAGUGCUGUGUAAUCCAGUGAAUGCCAGUCUUUGGUGUCUUUUUCUAUGGCUCCAAAUUUGUAUGUGGUAAUCUGCAGUUGUUCCAAAUUUGUUGUACUCCAGACUCGAAGGUUUCUUCAUUUAUGCUAGACUUGUAGUGACCCUCACUGAGGGCCAUGUGUUGAUGUUUGUAAAAAAGAUGUGAAUGGUCGAAUCGUUGGUACCUCUUUUAUCAGGAUGCUAACUCAAAAUUUGAUGCGAUGAGAACAAGUUUUGUCGAUCAUUUGAGGUGUCGAGGGCAUGUA